AUGGACGAGGGCAGCCCCCUGUCGCCCAAGGCCAACGCCUUCAGCAUCGCCUCUCUGAUCGCAGCCGCCCAGCGGGCCGGCCGAGGCCCCGAGGAAGAGGAGGAGGAGGAGGAGGAGGAGGCGAUCGCGGCGCUGGACGCCCAGCUGAGCGCCGCCGGGGGGCUCCCCAAAGCCUACGGCCCCGCCGCCCUCGCCGCCGCCCGCAGGAGGAUGCAUUUCAGCGCCGUCACCAGGGACAUGGAAGCCUUCACGGCCAACAGCCUGAGCAGCCUCAACGCCUCGGCCGGCUACCACCACCACCACCACCACCACCUCUCCCCCGCGCCGGGGGAGCCCUACGCCCAGCAUGAGCCGCCGCCCCUGCCGCCGCACUACGAGCCCUGCGCCGCCCAGCAGCAGCAGCAGCAGCAGCAGCAGCAGCACCCCCAGCAGCAGCAGCAGCAGCACCACCCCGGCCCGCCGCCUCCGCAGCAGCAGCACGGCUACCCCUUCGGCGGCUCCGGCUCCAACCCGCCGCCCCCGCCGCCCCCCGAGACCCCCGAGGGGGCGGGCGGCGGCGGGUCGGCCCCCGCCUCGGCCAAGGCGCCCGUCAAGAAGAACCCCAAGGUGGCCAACGUCAGCGUGCAGCUGGAGAUGAAGGCGCUCUGGGACGAGUUCAACCAGCUGGGCACCGAGAUGAUCGUCACCAAGGCCGGCAGGCGCAUGUUCCCCACUUUCCAGGUGAAAAUCUUUGGAAUGGACCCGAUGGCCGACUACAUGCUCUUAAUGGACUUCGUACCAGUGGAUGACAAACGAUACCGAUAUGCAUUUCACAGUUCCUCCUGGCUAGUCGCUGGCAAGGCCGACCCGGCAACCCCUGGGAGAGUCCAUUACCACCCGGAUUCCCCAGCCCGGGGAGCUCAGUGGAUGAAGCAGAUUGUCUCCUUCGACAAACUUAAGCUGACUAACAAUUUAUUGGACGACAAUGGACAUAUCAUUUUGAACUCCAUGCACAGAUACCAGCCUCGUUUCCACGUGGUCUACGUGGACCCUAGGAAAGACAGCGAGAAGUACGCGGAAGAGAACUUUAAGACCUUUGUCUUUGAGGAGACCCGCUUCACUGCUGUGACGGCCUACCAGAACCACAGAAUUACCCAGCUCAAGAUUGCCAGCAACCCUUUCGCUAAAGGGUUCCGAGACUGCGAUCCAGAAGACUGGCCCAGGAAUCACAGACCUGGGGCCCUGCCUCUCAUGAGCGCUUUCGCCAGGUCCAGAAAUCCGGUGUCUUCCCCAGUGCAUCAGAACGGCAACGAGAAAGAUGCAGCUGAGACUCAGCGGGAGUAUGAACGGGAAGCAGCCAGCGGGACACCUCUGCACGCUGACCCCGCUCACCAGCAGCUCAUGUCUCGAGUGUUGAGCCCGGCGCUGCCUGUGCCUGGCGGAGGCGGCCUGGUUCCACUCACCAGUACGGCAGGAAGCCGGCCCAGCCCUCCGCACCACGAACUGCGCCUGGAGCCGUCCGCUUCGGAGACCCUUCAUCACCACCCCUACAAACAUCCCGUCUCGGCCUACGACCAUUACCUGGGAGCAAAGAGUAGGCCGGCACCCUACCCUUUGCCCAGCAUCCGGGGACACAGUUAUCACCACCACCACCACCAUCACAUGAAUCCGGCGGCUGCGGCGGCUGCAGCAGCGGCUGCUGCGGCCAACAUGUAUUCCACGGCAGGAGCUCCUACCGGCUAUGACUAUGGACCGAGAUAACACCGCCGUCCGAAGGUUCUCUAAGCUCUGACUGGCUUUCUGCAUGGUUUGAAUUGCUCAGUAGCGUAUGUUUUUGGAGAGCGCUAUCUUGCUGGAAGGACUGGCACUGUCACCUCUGCAUUUCCGCAAGGGGGUGCUUUGAUCUCUUGCACAAGUUUUAA